CAGGUCACACACUCUCAUCAAUGUUCCUUUCCCAUUCAAACGCGAAAUCUCUUUACAGCACAUGUCAACACAAUAGGGUGCUUCAUGUUCCUUCCCUCAUUAUUCAUACACCUAGCUAUAUAAAUACACCUUCCUCUCCACGUUUCCAUUCUCAUUCAAAUUCUGAACACUAGCUAACUCUGUUUUCUUCUCUUCAAAGCCUUUUAUUAAAGAAGAAGAAGAAGAAGAAUGACGGAAGAGCUGGUUGUGCAAGAUGGGUAUGUGUUCACUCAAGAGACCCAACUCACUGUUCUCAAAACCUCUCUGUUCUUCGCCGGUGAUGGCUUCACCGUCUACGAUUGUAAGGGCCAAUUGGUUUUCCGAUUCGACUGCUACGGACCCUCCACUCGUGACAAGGACGAGCUAGUUCUCAUGGAUCCCCAAGGUCAUUCUCUUCUCACCCUCCGCCGAAAGAAACCGAGUCUUCAUCAACGGUGGGAAGGCUUCAGAGGGGAGAGAACGGACGGUGAUAAACCAAUGUUCAGCGUGAAGAGAUCUUCAAUAAUCGGACGGUCACGGACUACCUUGACGGUGGAGGUGUACGAUAACCCCGGUGUGGAGUAUCUCAUCGAAGGGUGUUUCCCGCAGCGUUGUUGCAAGAUUUACAACUCCACUCGAAAAUUAGUGGCUGAGAUUCGUCGCAAGGUGGACCCCACCACCAGCGUUAUGCUUGGGAAGGAAGUGUUCAUGCUUUGCGUUCAACCUGGUUUUGAUGGGUCCUUCGCCAUGGGGUUGGUCCUAGUGCUUGAUCAGAUCAACGGUGAGAAUUUCUUUGAUAGUGGAAUCACGACGGAGCCUGCUGUGCACCCUGCUACAGAAGAUUGAGGACUUGGCUCUUUGGUUUGGUUUGGUUCCUUUUUUGAGUUGAGAUUUGUGUUUAUUUCAACUUUUUCGGUCACUAUCUUCUCACCUUACCUGAAUGGCUUAAAUAAAAAGGGUUAUUGGUGUAUAUAUAUUAAUACCUUUCAAAAGUCAAAUUAUGCUUCAUUUAAACAAAAUUGUUAUUCCCAUUUCACUUUUAAGUUGCAAGUAUCUUAAUUAGAUGUUUUAUGUCAAGGAAAUUGUGAAAGGUGAAGUACCAACUAUUUUAUAAUCAA